AGCCACCUGUAGCCGGCACCGAGAGUACACCCCGGAGGAAACAGCAUCUGUUCAGUCCCGUUAUACUCCCCCUGUUCACCGUUACACCGGCAGCACACGGGACUCCAUCACCGGCUGGUCCUCAGGGGACAAACCUUUAGUAUAAAGUCGCACCGGAGAGGGGAAGCAUGUUUCUGUGUUAUCUGCAGGUCGUGAUUCUGCUGGGUGCUGCCGUCCAUGGAAUGGCAUCAACAGAUCCCACCACUCAAAGCGUCACCAGCGGUGGGUCAAUGCACAAUGAAACAUCCACAACUCUUGCAGUUUCUUUCUCCACUGCAAGCUCAGAUCCAAGCAGUGAUCCCACAACCAGCAGUUUUCCAAGUUUACCAACCACCGCCACCACCCCAGAUGAUUCAGUUAGAACUACAGAAAAGGUCACAACUGCAAGAGAUGCCACUCAGCCAAGCACCGAGUCCGGGACAACCAUAGAGGAAGUCCAGAGCCCUGUCACUGAAGCCAGUCACUCCACCAGCAGCUCAACUGAGUCUCCAUCGGCUGAAACCAGUGAUUCAACACAACCCACAACAAGUCCAGAGACGGACCAACCAACCAACACCAGUGAGACCCAGAGUACAACCACCACACCAACUUUAGAUCACACACAAACCAGCAAUAACACAACUACAGUGACCACAACCAUGCACACCAGCAAUGACACGACAACAAAUGCACCAACAAACAACAACAUGACUACAAUGACAACAAACACACCAAUAAGCAACAACAUGACUACAAUGGCACCAACAAGCAACAACAUGACUACAAUGACAACAAACACACCAACAAGCAACAACAUGACUACAAUGACAACAAACACACCAACAAGCAACAACAUGACUACAAUGACAACAAUGGCUCCAACAAGUAAAAACAUGACAACAAUGACAACAAUGGCACCAACAAGCAACAACAUGACUACAAUGACCACAAUGGGACCAACAAGCAGCAACAUGACUACAAUGACAACAAUGGCACCAACAAGCAACAACAUGACUACAAUGACAACAAUGGCACCAAAAAGCAACAACAUGACUACAAUGACAACAAUGGCACCAACAAGCAGCAACAUGACUACAAUGACAACAAUGGCACCAACAAGCAGCAACAUGACUACAAUGACAACAAUGGCACCAACAAGCAACAACAUGACUACAAUGACAACAAUGGCACCAACAAGCAGCACAUGACUACAAUGACAACAAUGGCACCAACAAGCAGCAACAUGACUACAAUGACAACAAUGGCACCAACAAGCAACAACAUGACUACAAUGACAACAAUGGCACCAACAAGCAGCAACAUGACUACAAUGACAACAAGCAACAACAUGACUACAAUGACAACAAUGGCACCAACAAGUAACAACACAACAACAAUGACAACAAUGGCACCAACAAGCAACAACAUGACUACAAUGACAACAAACACACCAACAAGCAGCAACAUGACUACAAUGACAACAAUGGCACCAACAAGCAGCAACAUGACUACAAUGACAACAAUGGCACCAACAAGCAACAACAUGACUACAAUGACAACAAUGGCACCAACAAGCAGCAACAUGACUACAAUGACAACAAGCAACAACAUGACUACAAUGACAACAAGUAACAACAUGACUACAAUGACAACAAUGGCACCAACAAGUAACAACAUGAAAACAAUGACAACAAUGGCACCAACAAGCAGCAACAUGACUACAAUGACAACAAGCAACAACAUGACUACAAUGACAACAAUGGCACCAACAAGUAACAACACAACAACAAUGACAACAAUGGCACCAACAAGCAACAACAUGACUACAAUGACAACAAUGGCACCAACAAGCAACAACAUGACUACAAUGACAACAUUGGCACCAACAAGCAGCAACAUGACUACAAUGACAACAAACACACCAACAAGCAACAACAUGACUACAAUGACAACAAACACACCAACAAGCAACAACAUGCAGCAACAUGACUACAAUGACAACAAACACACCAACAAGCAACAACAUGACUACAAUGACAACAACGGCAACAAGUAACAUGACUACAAUGACAACAAUGGGACAACAAGCAACAACAUGACUACAAUGACAACAAACACACCAACAAGCACAACAUGACUACAUGACAACAAUGGACCAACAAUUAGCAACAUGACUGCAAUGACAACAAAACCUCCAAUAAGCAACAACAUGACAACACUGGCACCGACAAGCAACAACAUGACUACAAUGACAACAAUGGGACCAACAAGCAGCAACAUGACUACAAUUACAACAAACCCACCAAUAAGCAACAACAUGACUACAAUGACAACAAACACACCAACAAGCAGCAACAUGACUACAAUGACAACAAACCCACCAAUAAGCAACAACAUGACUACAAUGACAACAAACCCACCAAUAAGCAACAACAUGACUACAAUGACAACAAACCCACCAAUAAGCAACAACAUGACUACAAUGACAACAAACACACCAAUAAGCAACAACAUGACUACAAUUGCACCAACAAGCAGCAACAUGACUACAAUGACAACAAACACACCAAUAAGCAACAACAUGACUACAAUGGCCCCGACAAGCAACAACAUGACUACAAUGGCACCGACAAGCAACAACAUGACUACAAUGGCACCAACAAGCAACAACAUGACUACAAUGGCACCGACAAGCAACAACAUGACUACAAUGGCACCAACAAGCAACAACAUGACUACAAUGACAACAAACACACCAACAAGCAACAACAUGACUACAAUGGCACCGACAAGCAACAACAUGACUACAAUGGCACCAACAAGCAACAACAUGACUACAAUGGCACCGACAAGCAACAACAUGACUACAAUGGCACCAACAAUCAACAACAUGACUACAAUGGCACCGACAAGCAACAACAUGACUACAAUGGCACCGACAAGCAACAACAUGACUACAAUGACAACAAACACACCAACAAGCAACAACAUGACUACAAUGACAACAAUGGGACCAACAAGCACACCGACAAGCAACAACAUGACUACAAUGGCACCAACAAGCAACAACAUGACUACAAUGGCACCAACAAGCAACAACAUGACUACAAUGACAACAAUCACACACACUGGCAAUAGCUCAUCUACAAUGACACAAACCCCAACUAACACAACUACAAUCACAUCGACGGCACAGUCCACCACACAGAUGACACCAACUCUGAUUCCAACCACUACACAAACCAGCAAUGGCACAACAAUUACAAGUACAGUAACUCCUGAUAUCUCAACAACAACAACACUAACAAACUCUGUUAACACCUCCCCUGAGACUCCUGCAUCUACCACCGUACCCUCAUCCUCCACUGUAACUGGACCCUCACCUUCUUCACCUACUUCCAUCUCAAACUCCAGCUCUCUCCCUCCAAACACCUCCCCAGGCAGUAGCACCGCUCCCCCCACUGGAAAUACCACCACCCUUAGUCCCUCAGCAACCACCCCAGGAGUGACUGGAAACACUGCAGAAACAUCCAGUGCCACUGCACCAUUGGAAACAGCCUCCCUUACCCCCACCCCUCUAACUUCCACCACCACUCCAACCCUCACUGCUACUCAAAUCACCACAACCACUCCAAACUCCACCACCACAACUCCCAUCACAACAACUCCAAUCUCCACCCUUCCUCCAACCUCCAACACCACUCCCAUUGCUCCCACCACUCCAAUCUCCACCAUUCCUCCAACCUCCAACACCACUCCCAUUUCUCCCACCACUCCAAUCGCCACCAUUCCUCCAACCUCCAACACCACUCCCAUUGCUCCCACCACUCCAAUCGCCACCACCCCUCCAGCCUCCACGACUAUCACUCCCAUCACUACCACCUCUCCAAUCCUCACUAACCCUCCAACAUCCAUGACCACUCCCAUUGCCAACACCACUCCAGUGGCCACCACCCCUCCAACCUCCACGACUAUCACUCCCAUCGCUACCACCUCUCCAAUCCUCACUAACCCUCCAACAUCCAUGACCACUCCCAUUGCCAACACCACACCAGUGGCCACCACCCCUCCAACCUCCAUUCCCAUCACUCCCAUUGCUACCACCACUCCAAUCCUCACUAACCCUCCAACAUCCAUGACCACUCCCAUUGCCAACACCACUCUAGUGGCCACCACCCCUCCAACUUCCCCUACCACAAUCAUUGCUACCACGCCUCCAACCUCCACUUCAUCCUCCAUGACCAAUCAAGCCUCUACCACCAAUCCAACUGCCACCACAACUCCAACCACCACCACCAAUUCAACCUCGAAUACCACUCCUGGAACCACUGAAACUCCAACCAACACCACCACCACCACCACCCCUCCAACCUCUACCAACACUCCAGCAGCCACUACCACUCCCAUCACCACCACCACUUCAGAUGCCACAACCACUCCAGCCGCCACCACCAUCAAGAGUACUGGUGUUACCAUCCCUAUCACCACCCCGAGACCAACAGGAACCACCAUUACCAAACCAACUACAGUAACAACACCCGCUCCUACCCUGGCCCCAGUCAUAGAAUGUCCCUUUGUCCCAUGUCCUUUUGGCAGCACCUGUCUUAACGGCACUUGCCAGUGUUUCUCUGGUAGCUUCCUGCUGAAUGGACGCUGUGAACCCGCCCAAGUGUUCCCAGGCCAGCUUCAUCUCACCUCCUUACAAUUUCAAAAUGAAAUGAGCAACAGGUCUUCGCUUAUAUUCCAGAAGACGGCGGCUGAGAUCUCAGCAGCGCUCAGAGAUGCCCUCAAAAAUGAACGAGGUUAUAUACGAUCUGACAUUGUGCGACUUGAACGAGGAAGUGUGCAAGCAACUGUAAACAACGUUUUUGAAAACACUGACGCCACUGAAGAGACAGUUGAUAAGUCCAUUAAGAAAGCCAUAGCCAGCUCAACAAGCUCGGACAUUUUGGCAACAGCUACAUUUAGAGGAACCAACUUAUGUGAGCAGGAGCCAUUGCCUUGUGAAGCCACAACUACAACGUGCACGAACACAAGUGGACGGGCUGUUUGUUCCUGUAAAGAGGGCUACAUCGCCAUCAUAUACUCAAACAGCAGCUGCAGAGCUUGUCCAAGUGGGCAGAUGGCAGUGGGAAACAAAUGCCAACCGUGUGCUUUCGGAUAUGCUGGCUUCAACUGCAACGAUUCUGCUCUGCUGGCGGUGGUCGUCAUCUCUUGUGUCCUGGGUGGAAUUCUUCUCAUCCUGGUGCUGACUUGGCUUGUAUUUUUCUGCUGCAGGGGGUAUUCAAAGAGAAAGCCAGGCCACAACAGUCCAUAUCCAUCUGACAACUUAAACCAGCCCUGGCCCACUGGAGUCACCCCCAUCCCAAGAGCCUCUUCCAACUGGGAUGCAGCUCCUCCCAUAGAGCUGGCAGAAGGGGGUGGUGCUCAAAUCCUGGGGGGCAAAAAGCAUCAAAGUAAUGGAUUGACGGGAUCAUACGAUCUCAACCCCGAGGGUAUGAAGACCUUCAAAGGUAAAAAUCCAUCACGAUACUCCUAUCUGGUUCAAGGCCAUGAAAACCCCUACUUCUUACCAGGAGACGAGAACAAAAACUGAAACCAUGACGCCAUCAUGCAAUCCAUAAUUGCUGAUUUGAAGCUCUGAGUCCGCAGGCAUAUAUCCUGAGCAGGACCAGUUUUAUUUUUUUAAUAACAUUUUGAACUCACUUGGAUUUAUGACAAAUCACAAAGGACAUUUCUUAACUGGGAGAAAGGCACCAAAGAGAUUCAUUCAUUUAAGCAGCAAAGACUGUUUUGACCAUUUUCUCAUCAGCUCUUUAGAAGGAGCUCAGUGGUGCAGAUUCCAACCAGUGGAUGUCACUGUUGCUCAGUUUAAUUCUUCUGCUGUUUUUUUAAAGGUACAUUUCAUUUUUUUAUUCUUCAAAGAAAUCAUUCUAUAUUCUUUUAAGAUAAAGCUUCUUAUGUUGCUUAUUGCACUACACGUGUAAAAGGUUUACCACUAGUUUUCCUCUAAAAUCAAAGGAAAAUUGAAUGUGAGCUUUGUGGGGCUACUAGAACUUUUCUAUAGGUAUGAUUCUUUUUUAAAUAUGUGAUCAUAAAUGGCUGAAGGGGCUGGAUCCCCGUUUCCGGGUAUUUUUUUAAAGGGAUUAUUGAUGUAGCAGAGUGCAAACUCUAUUUGUUGAAGCUGUACUUCAACCCCUUUGUGCCUGUUUUCAUUGUCUGUGUGACAAAUAGGAAACAUGCAACGCUGGUGAUGAAGCCUCUCUCUCAGAUGUGCCAAUAACUACUUACAUACGUUUCUUUUACAAACUGAUAUAUAUAUAUAUAUUUAUCCUUGUGUGUAUGAGUCAGUGCACUAUUUUAUAAGAUCUUUGGAGAAAAUGAAGAUCUCUUGCAGGGAAUGUGUGUAUGCAAUGGAAAUAAAUUAAUACAAUAAA